AUGGGGAACUUUGGCAAAGUACCGUGGCCAGCCCACGUAUUCUCAAUCAUUUUUCACAUUCCCCUGUCGCGGCAGGUCUUCGACCUGCUGGAGAUGUUUCGAAUUGGGGGACCCGUUCCGCACACCAACUACCUGUUCCUCGGCGAUUACGUCGAUCGCGGCCCUUUCUCGGUCGAAACGAUCGUGCUGCUAGCGCUGCUGAAGCUCAGCCACCCAGAGCGAAUCACGUUGCUGCGUGGCAACCACGAGAGCCGGCAGAUCACCCAGGUUUAUGGCUUCUAUGCCGAGUGUGUCCGCAAGUACGGCGACGCCUCUGUGGGGAUCCCAGAAGGAUUGGACCUGCCGUAG